GUUUUCCAGUGAGAUCCAACUUCUAAGUAUUAAGAGUCUCCUCUGCAUAGCAUAUUGCAGGUUAGGAUAAAACGAUGAGACCAAGAUAGGACAGCAGGAGAAACCCUAACGGAUUUGCUGCCCGCAUUUCUACUCACUGUUAAUCUUUCAAUUGGAAGUUGCUAUGAUUUUAAAUGGAUGCAUUGUGCCUUCUACCAGCGGAUAUGCUUUGAUAAAUACCAGGACAUGUAAACCUUGGCCCAACAGCCUGGUUUCUGCAUGUGUUCCUCGUUUGACUACUAAGGCUGCAUUCUUAGACAUUAGGAAUUCAUGCACUCCAGUUCCAAAUUUGGAGUCCAAGUUCUGGUUGUCAAGAGGUUUGCCAUUCUCGAGUCUUUCUGCUGCAUCAACCCCACUCUUAAGUGGAGAUCAGGGUGGAAUUUGGCACGCUAUUCCCUCAUUUCCGAGGCAGCGCAGGUGUUAUUUGUGCCCUCGAGCAUCAAAAGAUGUCCCGUACAGUUUUCGAUACCCUCCAAUGACCAAGAAGCCAAAAUGGUGGUGGAGGACAUUAGCUUGUCUUCCCUAUUUGAUGCCUCUUCAUGAAACAUGGAUGUAUGCAGAAACAGCAUACCAUCUGCACCCAUUCCUUGAAGACUUUGAAUUCUUGACAUACCCAUUCCUUGGUGCCAUUGGGAGGUUGCCUAGCUGGUUCCUUAUGGCAUAUUUCUUUGUCGCAUAUCUUGGUGUUGUGAGGAGGAAGGAAUGGCCACACUUUUUCAGGUUUCAUGUGGUGAUGGGCAUGUUGCUGGAAAUUGCUCUCCAAGUGAUAGGUACUGUGAGCCGUUGGAUGCCACUUGCUGUCUACUGGGGUAAAGUGGGGAUGCAUUUUUGGACAGCCAUUGCAUUUGCUUACCUCUUCACGGUCUUGGAAUGCAUAAGAUGUGCUCUUGCUGGUAUGUAUGCUGAUGUACCAUUUGCUUGUGAUGCAGCAUACAUUCAAAUCCCUUAUGAUUAAGGAGUAGAAGAAUUAUAUAACAGGAUUAGUGUCGGUCUCUCCAUGUUUUUGUCGUAUGAGAAACUUUUUUUGAGCAGAAAUGAAUGGCUUUAUGCUGAAGACAAACCUUGUAUAAAUGUUUCAGUUGGAUUAUCAGGGUUUGAUCCAGGGCCAGAUCUCCUUGUUUUAAUCUCGUUAGUUGUUAUGUGAAUGUUAAUUUUAAUUUGUACACAGUCAUCAGUGUCAUGUUCAGCUAAAUGGAUUGUGGAGCAUAAACCAUGAAUUUAAUCUCAGUCGUUACAUUUU